AUGAUCCGUGUUGAGGUGGGGUCGGAGUUGUUCACACAAGGUGUGGCACCACAUUACAAAGCGGAUUUUAGUUACACCUGGACGUUGGCCGCGCCCGCGCCAUCUGGCUCUAGGAUUAGGUUCCAAUACCACGUUGGGGGGGGAGGCGCGCACUGCCUUUACAUCGAUGCUGGCGCGGCGCUGACUGUCACCACCACAAGUUCCUUCGUGGUCGAUUGCACUGGGCGCAACUACAACGCCCAGGUUUCGCACUGCCAGUCGCAGGGCGUGUCCAUCGCCAGCAUCCACAGCGAUGCAGAAAACAACGAGAUCUUGAGCUUGCUUCAAUCUCAGAAUUGCAACGCAUAA